AUGAACAUCUGGUGCCUCCUCAUUGAUCACGAGAAGAAGCUCAUCGGAACGCCCUUCGAAGUCACUGUAUCUUCCGUGGACACGGUUGACCGCUUGAGGAAGAAGGUCAAGGAAGACAGAUCAGUCGGCACUGCUGGUGUUGACUCUGCCAGCCUCAUCGUAUGGAGAUGCAUCGACCCGACCACUACUUUAGACGAUGAAGACCACGAAACGUUGGAGGGUCAAGUCAGCGAGGCCUUCUUCAACCAGAAGGUCAAACGACUCGGCGUGAGGCGCACGAUAGCAGAUCUAAAGCUCUCGAAGGACGAGACGCUGCUCGUGCAGAUGCCCAGUGCGUUUUGA